AUGGAUUUACUAACUAACGCUAUAAAACAGCAAAGAUAUCGUCAAAAUGUGCAAAAUUUUCGCAAAGAAAAACAACAGUCGCCAGAAUGGGAAACAACGAUAGAUGAAAAUGUUCAAGGUUCUAAUAACAGCUGUAUCUCAGAAGAUGAGAACGCAAUGGAAGUUGAAAAUCAGAUAAAGAAUACCCGUUAUGACGAAGAGUCUGAAACGGAGAAAUAUUUCGAAGAUACUGAUGUAAACACCGACGAUCGUAAUACCUCAACUAACGAUGAUGGUAAUAGUGAUACAGAUACAAUAUUGUCUGACUUAGAUGAACAAGAAGCAGCACUGGAAAAUGAAAAUGAUGUUUUAUAUGAAGGUGGGAUAUUAACUUUGCGUGAAAGUUAUAAAGCGAUUAGAACCUUCGUAGUCAAAUAUAAUUUGGCAUUCACGCAAGUUUUGUUAUUGAUAUCACUCUUGUUCUAUUUAUUACCAAAUGGUCAUAAAUUAAAAAGAUUGUGUAUUGUCAAUUUUCUUCGAAAAAGAGAAGAUUUCAUAUAUGAAACGGUAUGUGUUUUUUGUCAUGAAUCAAUUGACCCACUGAUAGGUGAUACGUCUGCGUGUUACGUGUUGUAUUUUCUCCAGUGA